ACCCACCCUCCCGGGUCUGCAGAGGCCUGGGCUCCUGGGCUCCUGGGCUCCUGUCCUCCGGGGGGGCUUCUGGUGCUGAGGCCCCAACCAUGCAGGACAAGCAUGGGCAGCCUGGGAUGGGUAGGCUGCAGCCUCCCUGCAUGCCUCCCCCAGGAUGCUGCCGCCAGAGGGUCCCCGGGCCUCCGAAGAGGGCACAGCCGCUGGGCCCCAGCGAGGCGACUGCGUCAUCUGCUACUCGGCCUAUGACCUCACUGGGCACCUACCCCGCCGCCUCUACUGCGGCCACACCUUCUGCCAGGCGUGCGUGCGGCGGCUGGACACGCCAGCCCACGAGCAGCGCUGGAUCCCCUGCCCGCAGUGCCGCCAGAGCACACCCACGCCCCGCGGAGGGGUGGCCAUGCUGGACCUCGACCUGGCCGCCUUCCUGGCCGUCAGGGCUGAGCGGGAGCUGCCUCGCACAGAACCCCAGCCCCCCACGCCCCUCAAAGGCAGCACCGCCAUCACUCAGCAGCCGGCCAGGCUUUGCCCUGCCUUGGGCCCCCAGCCCCACUUCCCCCAGCCCAGAUGCUGCUGCUGGGGCUGCAGCGGCCUCUGCUGGGACCCCCCGGGCAGCCCCGAGGCCUGAGCUCCGGCCGGCCUACAGCACGCCUGCCCAGAACCUCUGGCACGCCUGCCCAGAACAGCCUGGCGGCAGAGUGUCCCGGGUGCCACUCCGCGUGUUCACCCCGGGGCCACAACCUAAGGUUGGGAGCUGUGUCCACAGUACCAUAAGCCCCUGUAGGAGCUGGAAUCCCAGCCAGGAUUCCCAGGCCCCGCGCUGGUCUGUGUGCAGGGGAGGGGUGCUGCUGUCAGAGUCGCCUGCAAGCCCAGCCCGGGUCCAGACCCGGCUCAGAGGGUGGCUCCUGAAAGGGUCUGGGGACCAGACCCCGGGGACUGGGCUGCAGGCCGGAGCGGCAGGGCCCGGCAGAAGCUGUUCCCGGUCCUGCUGGAGCAGGUCUCCCCUCCUCUACAGAACGGCUCAGAGGCGUGAGCCCGGAGGGAGGGAGUGCCUCUCCCUUCACCCCUGGCCUGUGAGGCAGCCCUGAGAUGUUCGGGAGCUGUUUGGGGAGGGUCCCCCGCAGGCACAGUCACUGCUGCCACAGGUGUCCAAGGAGGUCCAGGCCCGGGG